CCUGCACACGACGAGCAGACGAGCACACAACUGAAAAUGCAGCGCCUUCCAGUGGUUACUUGCUCUGUCGCGCCCUCUAGCCCAAAUCCACCCAUAACCCCUCUGCGUCAACAACAACAACUCGUCCGGAACCACUGCUCGUCGUUGUUUGAUUGUUUUGGUCAGGUUAACUUCGUCGUUAGGACGGAGACACUGUGCCUCUGAGGUUUGUCGUCUGGUCUACAAUGGCAAGCACUUUUAGUCUUUCUGAGGAGGAUCUGUUUGAGUUUGAGUCGUUUUGUGACCAGAAGUACUCAGAUGAAAAUUGUAAGAAAUACGGCUUCUUUAAGGUCAAGCUUGAUUCAAAAUGUGCUGAGCAAUCUUCUACAAUGGAAGAGUUUUUCAAACAGUUCGGACUGGUUGCUCAAAAGAAAAUAUGUAAGGGUGUUCUUCUUAGCAAUGUAAAUGACAACAGAUUAUUUGGACUUCAAAAUGUUGCACCCUCAGCGUCAGAGAAAGAUGCCUUCAUGUCUACAAGUUUUGACCCUGGGUCAUUUCAAGACCCUAUUUCACCAACAAAUUGUUGCAUGAGUGUACUACAGAUGGAGGGACAAGAGGCAUUUCUGCAACAUUUUUUUGAUGCGGUGACAUCAAACCCAAAGGUGAAGCGAAGUAACUUUCAUGAUGACAUCAGGGUUAUUCGAAAGAGAGCUGUUACCCAAAAAGCAGAGUUUGUAAAGAGACAGGCGUACCGAAGCUGUCCAACCACACAAAGCAAGAAGAGGUGUCUGGAGAUGGCCAUGAGCAACGAGAAGAUAUAUGAAUCUUCUUCUUCGGAAGAUUUAUGUCUGUGUGAUGCUUGUGAUGUAGAGUAUUGUCACCACAAGCAAAAAGACUCGCAGGAUUUUGGUGAGCUUAAAAGUUGUGACCUCUUGUACAGCUCUUGCAUAGAGGAAUGCCAAAACAAUUAUGUUCACUUAACGGAGAAUUUUGCUAUGGCACACCUGUGCUUCAAGAACAUGCUUACUGACCUUAGUGGUGUGUAUGCUGGAGUUUCAUACCCCUUCCUGUACCUGGGUGGAGUUCAUUCUGUAUUUCCUCUCCAUGUUGAAGACCUGAGUACCUGGAGUUUCAAUUUUCUUCUCCAUGGGUUGCCCAAAUUUUGGAUCAUAAUUCCACCCACAUCUGUCGGUCAACUGACAGAUGCUCUAAACAGGAGAGGGUUCUUCUACAACCAUAGGUGGUGUCGCAACAACCUGAGCCACAAGUUUUUCCUUCCUACUCCUCAAUUUUUCAAAGAAGAAGGGAUACCCUUUGAAGUGGUCAUCCAGGAAAAAGGAGAGGGUAUUGUACUUCUCCCUAAUGCAGCGCACUGUGGUGGCAAUUUUGGCCCUAAUCUGGCAGAGGCCUGUAACUUUGGAACAAAUGCUUGGAUUCCUUAUGGAUGUGUGUCUUUACGCUGUCCUUGCAUGAAGGACAGCGUACACACAAACCUCAGCGAUUUAGUGGCUGUCCAUGCUCCUGAUCUAUUAGAAGCCUACAUCAAUAACAACAUCUUUGAAGUUGUAAAAGACCAGUAUUUUCAGGAGUCACUUGUAGUCAGUAAGAGAGAAUGUGAAGCUUAUCUACCUGUCUUCAAGCAUUCGUCAUCAAAGAGGAAGAUCAUACCACCAUCCAGUGUCAAUGCAUCCAGGGUUAAGUGUCCUGUAUGUGAUGUAUCAUGGGCUUCUGUUCAAAAGACUAAUAUAAUGGCACACUUAAACAAAUACCAUGCACAUCGAAUGAAAGAUGAUGAUGUCAUCAAAUUUCUUGAAAUGUUUUCAGUUUCUAAAAAGAAGAAGCUUUAGCUGACACAGUGUUCUAUUUCAAUCAGUGUCUGGUGUUGUUUUGUCAUUUUAAUUCACAUAUGCAUUACACCCAAAACUGAUUUGUGAUUUUUCUGGUCUGGGUUAGGUUGUAAUUAAAUCUAUUUGUUUGAUUUUGUG